AUGACCGUCGAUGUCACGCGUCGUCGGCAGUGGUCUCAAACCAUGCUCGAUGUCCUGCAAGACCUCUCCCUCGUUCUUUCACCCGACGGCCUCAUUGUAUGGGCCCCUCGCACCGCCAAAGCACUCCUCGGCUAUGAACCAGAGAAACUCGUCAACGAAAGCAUGGCCGAUCUCAUUCGACCUGACGAAGUAGCGCAUUUCGUCCAUCACCUACAGGAAUCGAUCGAUCAACAAACGGACUUUUAUCACUACUACCAUAUCCGCAAAGCAGACGGUGACUAUAGCUGUCUCGAAGUCUCUGGCAGGCCGCAUUAUGAAGAAGUCAGGGAUCCCGUGUCGGGCGGUAGGAUGCAUGCGUCGCGUUGCUUCUUCCUAAGUGCACGACCACACCCAUCGCGCGCAGCACACGCACUCGAUACGUUCUUUGAUAUCAAGAAGGAGAAUGAGAUGUUGCGACAAAAGCUGAUGGAUCUCGGUGUGAGGCAGGAGGAGUUGUCGGAGAUGGGCGUCCUUGUCACCGUUUCUUCGCAAUUACAAACAGAAGAUGCACGAACAGUCUUUCCUCGAUCAGGUGAGAAGCAAGCGCGUGUAGCGACACCUGCUACUAUACAGACAACCACACAGCAACAGCAGCAGCAGCAGCAGCAGCAGCAGCAGCAGCAGCAGCAGCAGCAGCAUUCACCCGAUCACGCACAUCCCAAGUCUCCCAAGAAAUUGAAAAAGGUUCGUGCCGAAGGACCUGAGUAUGUAUGUACGGAUUGUGGAACGACGGAUUCUCCUGAAUGGCGACGUGGACCACGUGGUGCCAAGACGCUGUGCAAUGCGUGUGGUUUACGUUUUGCGAAAUUGCAGAAGAAGGCAGGUAGUGGUGGUGCUGCUAAUGCUGGGCAGAGUACGGUUCAGCAGAUGGGCAUGCAGCCUAGUACAGAGACGCGUGGACAUACAAGGCGUUCCUCUGCGUCAACCAUUGGCAGCAGGUGA